CAAUGAGGAGAUGAUAGAGCGCCUUUGCCGCAUGAGUGUCAGCAAGCACUCAGGUACCUAGGCAGUUAGCGAUAAGGGUGGCAUUGGCAUUGGCUGUUCAGCACAUGAUGGACGACCGCUGUGCUUGAGCAUGACAAGUGAAAACCCCCACCCAACAUGUCACAUUAUUUUCAUUCAUCUUUCAGGUGUGCUGAAGAGAUCAGAAAUGAAAGUGAGGUACUGUGUAGGUAUCCGAGCUCGACAAGAUGAAACCGUUACCCUGUGCAAGCCAUCGAAUGAUUGAGUGUUGGAGGGCGCUGUCCGACCGCUGUAUAGCCGGCCGGCAACAGGCAGCUCAACCAAGGACCAAGAAUCCUACUACUACUGUGUACUGUGUAUACAAUGGCAGGUGCAGGCGACGGGUCAUUGUAUCGACGAUGGAAGAUGGGAAGAUGCAGGUGUGUUGUUUGGGUGGGUGUUGCCACCUUGGAUUACGGGCUUAUCUCUUCUGUCUCGGUCCUUCUCCUCGCAUACCUACAAACGCCGUCCCGAGUGCAAAAUUGUUUGCUUGAAAGUGACUGAUGUUGCAGUACAGUAUGCACGUUUGAAGGCGACGACAUAUGUGGGGUUGGGGCUGAGGGGGUCAUAUUUGGUCCGAAUUGGUUGAGAUUCCUAAGCUGGCGAUUGUACGAUGAUCAGGGUGAUGGUUGCAAUUGUGGUGAUAGAGUGGUGAUGAUUUAGAGCGUGUACUGUGUAUAGGUGGUUUGUAGUUGUAGCUGGAGUGUAGUUGCAGUGUGCAAGUCAGUCACGGUCGUCGCGGUAUGGGAAUUA